AUGACGGAAGCAGCAGGUGCCGUGAUCGGCAUCAACUUUGGCCACUCGUACUCUUCCAUCGCCUGCAUCAACCAGCACGGUCGUGCCGAUGUCAUUGCCAACGAGGACGGUGAACGACAGCUCGCAACACGCAUCGCUUUCAACGGCGACCAGGUCUACCUUGCCAACCAGGCCACCCCGCAACUCGUCCGCAAUGCUCCCAACGUUAUUGACAACUUUGUCAACCUCCUCGGUCGUCCCUUUUCCUCGCUUUCCGAGUCCGAGAAGAAGCGUGCUUCGGCUGCCGUGAUCGACGUCAACGGUGCUCCUGGCUUCAGCGUCGAGAUCGAUGGCAAGCAGACCACACUCAGCGUCCACGAUGUCGCUGUGCGAUUCCUGCGCAGUCUGUUCUUGACCGCCAAAGACUUCCUUUCCGGUGUUCCUAUCGCAGGUGCCGUUCUCAGCGUGCCUCAGUGGUUCCCCGAGGCCCAGAUUGCUGCAUUGAAGAAGGCUGCCGAGGAGGCAGGUCUCAUCGUGCUCCAGGUCAUCCCUGCUUCCGCUGCUGCACUCGCCGCUUACGGUCUCACUGCCCCUGCUGGCCCCGGUCAGCUUCCCGCUCACCCCGACGGUGUCGAAUCUGCCCCUUACCCCAUCGCCAAAUCUCUCGACCGCAACGUUGUCGUCGUCGACAUGGGCGGCUCCUCCACCGACGUCACCGUCCUCUCCGCCCGCGCCGGUCUCUACACUUCCCUCGCCUACCUCCACGACUCGUCCGUCGGCGGAACCACGCUCGACUCGGCCCUCGUCGCCUUCUUCGCCAAGGAGUUCACCAAAAAGACCAAACUCACCAUCGCCGAAUCCGACAAGCGUGCCUGGGCCAAACUUCGCAACGAGGCCGAGUUCACAAAACGCGCCCUUUCCGCCUCCAACUCUGCCACCUGCUCCGUAGAGUCGCUUGCGGAAGGUAUGGAUUUCACCGGCAGCGUCAACAGGAUGCGCUUCGAUAUGCUGGCUGGUGCAGCUUACGCCAAGGUCGUCGCAGACGUAGAGAAGGCGUUGGGCGAGGCCGGAUUGGAGGCGUGCCAGGUGGACGAGGUGGUGCUGGCUGGAGGCAGCGCGAGGUUGAGUGGAUUGGCUGAUCGUCUGGCUGGCUUGUUUGGCGAUGCCGAGGAGGGUGGAGCAAACAUUACCGAUUCCAUCGACGCCGAUCAGGUCAUCGCCAGGGGUUGUGCUGUCCAGGCUCAGGUCAUCGCCGCUGCGCCCGAAGGUUCCAAGGAGUCGGCCUACAUCCACGCCGUUCCCGCUGCACCCGUCGCCUCAGUCAGCGAACUCAAGGUGGAAACCAUUUCUGCACCAAUCGGUCUCGUCCUCCCCGACAAGUUCAUCACCCUCAUCCCCGCCUUCACACCUUACCCCGUCCGACGAUCGUUCCGCUUCCCCGUAUCCGCCGGUGCCGAAUCCGUCGCCUUCACCCUCGACGAAGGCAUCGACUCUAUCAACGUUGAAACCAUCCAACCCGACGAAGAGGAUCUCGAAGACGAUGAGGAACCCAUGGAGCCGGAACAGGUCAAGACCGCAGUCACAAAGCCUAGCGGCAAGAACAUCGCGCUGUUCGCCGUCAAGACGCCAGGAAAGGGAAAGAACAAGGUCGAGUUGGAGCUCACCAUGACUGCGCCUGGAAAGUUGACGGUCGAGGCCAAGGAGGUCGGAGCUGGUGAGGGAGUCAAGUUGGUUCUCUAG